CACCGCGUUGAUGGGUUUCAUUUAAAAAUGAUUUUGUAUCUUUAGAAAGCAUGAAUGAACCAUUUGGUUUUAUUCGUUUUAUGACAACGUGUGAAUAAAGACAAAGCCUAAAUCAACAGAAGGGCAGCAUCAUUGGAUUAACAACUUUGGAGAAGUAAUCUGAAAGGUGGGGAAAGCGAACCUUUAUUAAGAGUCUGAACAGCUAUGGAAGAAAAUGAUGUUCGCAACCUAGAGCGCCAUGAAGAGUGUGAAGAGGAGUCAGACGGAGACCUACGGCCUCUCCGCCAGGCACCUGGCCACCAGCCGCCCUUCACGAUCACCAACUUCUACAUAGACAACAUAUUGAGACCCGAAUUUGGACGUAGAAGGAAAUGUUGGACUUUCAACACAGAGGGAAAUAGAAUUGGAGUACUAAGACAGGAACAUCUCAGUGGAAAGGGGUCGAAAAGUGGCACCCUACAGCAACCUGACCGAGGGAGUAAGGAUGGGAGACAAUGUUCGGGGAACUCGUGCCCCGACAAAGGCGACCAGAGAGCGGUCGGCGCGCCUCUGGACCUGGCCCCGGGGGACAGUGGGGACCACAGCCAAGACCACAGCCCCAGCUCGGACUGCGCGCCCCGGGACGCCCCGGGAGACCGCGAAGACCACAGCCCCAGCUCGGACUCCGACAGCAGCUCCCAGGCCGGCUCCGUGUCCUCGUCCAAACCAAUGCUGUGGCCCGCCUGGGUUUAUUGUACCCGAUACUCAGAUCGUCCUUCAUCAGGGCCCAGAUCACGGAAACCAAAGAACACGGCGACGCCGAGCAAGGACGACAAGCGGCCCAGGACGGCCUUCACGGCAGAGCAGCUGCAGAGGCUGAAGACGGAGUUCCAGACCAACAGAUACCUGACCGAGCAGAGGAGGCAGAGUCUGGCCGGAGAACUUGGACUGAACGAAUCCCAGAUUAAAAUCUGGUUUCAAAACAAAAGGGCAAAAAUAAAGAAGGCCUCCGGGAAUAAGAACUCGCUGGGCGCUCAGCUGAUGGCGCAGGGACUUUAUAACCACGCCUCGGCCUCCAGGGAGGACAAGUCGGACAGCGACUAGCGGGACUACAGGGACACCUCCACACCAUGCAACCUGUUCAAAGGAUCAUUGUAUCAAAAUACCAGCAUUGAUAUUUAAGUAGGCCCUAUAGUAAGCGUUCCGCUGUUUUUAGUGGGACAUGUAGGCCUAUUUUGUUGCAAACAUGUAGCCUGUAGUUUUUGUUUAUAAUCCGU